CCCGGCCCUCGACUCUUUUGCGAUCUUGCCUGCGAUUCCCCCUCUCCCUAUCUGCCGAUACGAUACCAGAAUGAAGUUCAGCCUGACCCCCGUCCUCGUCGCCGUCUCGGCCCUGCUCGCCGCCGUUGCCAACGGCGAGGUCAUCGCCCUGACCCCCAAGACCUUUGACACGGUCAUCGACGGCUCCAAGCCUGCCCUCGUCGAGUUCUAUGCCCCUUGGUGUGGCCAUUGCAAGCAACUCGCUCCCAUCUACGACGAGCUCGGCGAUCUCUACGAAAAGUACAAGGACCAGGUCGUCAUCGCCAAGGUCGAUGCCGAUGCUCACCGCGAUCUCGGUUCCCGCUUCGACAUCAAGGGUUUCCCCACCUUGAAGUGGUUCCCCAAGGGCUCCACUACCCCCGAGAACUACGAGGGCAGUCGCGACGUCGAGAGUUUCAUCAAGUUCAUUGGUGACAAGACCGGUGUUGCCCCCAAGAUCAAGACCCCCGAGACCUUUGUCAAGGCCCUGACUGCCUCUAGCUUUGAUGAGGUUGUCCUGAAGGAUGACAAGACCCACGUCCUCGUUGAGUUCUUUGCUCCCUGGUGCGGCCACUGCAAGAACCUGGCCCCCAUCUACGAGAAGCUGGCCAAGACCUUUGCCCCUCAAACCAACGUUAUCAUUGCCAGCGUCGAUGCCACCAAGGAGCCCGCCCUUGCCCAAAAGUACAACAUCGCUGGCUUCCCUACCAUCAAGUUCUUCUCUGCUGCUGACAACGAGCCCGUUGACUACAACGGUGGCCGCACGGAGGAGGACUUUGUUCAGUUCCUGAACGAGAACACCGGUAGCCAGCGUGUUGCCGGUGGCGGCCUCCUCUCCACUGCUGGUCGCAUCUCGGCCCUUGAUUCCCUUGCCCGCAAGUUCAUCUCUGCCGCCAAGAGCGAGCGCGAUACUCUCAUCAAGGAGGCCCAGGCCGAGGCCAAGGAGCUGAAGGACAAGUUUGCCAACUACUACAGCAAGGUCAUGGAGAAGAUCCAGAAGGCCGGCAGUGGCUACAUCCAGACCGAGACUGCUCGCCUCAACAAGAUCUUGGCCUCGGGCUCCACCACUCCCGAGAAGCGCGACGACUUUACCAUCCGCAAGAACAUUCUCGCUGCCUUUGAGGAGAAGGAGACCAGCGAUGCUAGAGAGGAGCUCUAAAGCUCAUUCGCCCCAUGUGGUAGAUGCCAAGCCCAGUGAAUGCGCGGGUGAUUUUGCCCCGCGGGAACUUUCAACGUUCUUUGGAAAAGCCAGCACGAUGGCACUGGGAGGAUCUGCGUGGCAGAGAAAUGUCCAGGUGAUUCCGGCACUUUGCUGUCUUUGGCUUUUGCUGAGCAAAGGUACGACUGAAUACAGUCUUUUCAACGGGA